ACGAAAAACAUCCCAAAGCCGUAUCACACCUAAACAGUGUUUUUCAAACGUUAUUUUCAACCGUGAAUAUUGAUGAAGUGCAAUUUAUACCAUUGAAGUGUGAUUUUGGGAAAGCAAACCCCGUCCAAUUAAUUGAAAGCCCAAUUUUUAUACUAUCUCACCUUCACUCAGGAGUUAUGGAACCUGAAAUAUAACAAUGUCCAGAAUCUUAGAGCAAUUUCUGGAGAAGAAACUCAACGAAUACAGAAGAAAGUCGAAAACUAUACUGAUUGUUUACAAAUGUCGAUACGAUGGAAUGAAGAAAUCAAGAGCACAUAAGACAAAGAAAAUUAUCAGAAACGUUUACAAAGUCCACGACUUCGUCGAUACCAGAAGUUCAAAGAAUGAUUUACAUUGUGCUGAAAAGUACAGCAACGAUGUCCUGGAUGAAAUUCUUGAAACAUGGUCGAGUUCAUCAAGAACAGAUAUUUCGAACAUAUUUGACGAAUCUUGUGAAUCAAAUUCAGAUUUUAUCGACAUGGAUGAUGAUCAGAUCAGUUCUUCAUCAGAGCACGACGUAAAUUUUCCUUACAGCGAUCCGAAGAGAAUAGUGCCACUUCUUUAUUGGAAUAUAGAAACAGAAUACACAAAACAAACAUUGGAAGAAGAAUGUGAUAAGAAUUGCAAGAGGAAGAAAAAGCCAAAACUUGAUCCCAUCCAUCUGGAUACUAUAUCACGAUUGAGGUUGCAAAGUUUCAUCAGGAGUUUAUGUGAAGAUAGGUGUAACUCUAAGCUAUGUCAACCGGACCCAGAUGAAGGUAAAAAGUCUUCUAGUAAACUACGGAAGAAGCGAAAAGAUAAAAAGUGUUGUAAGCUCAAGAAAGAUACAUCAAUGGUGUCUUUUCAUAUAACAGUGCCAAAACAAACCAAAUCUGUGUUACUGAAGAAUGAUGAUCUGAAUACAAAAAAACCAACGAAAUGUCAGGGCAGAAAAAAUGACGACUCGACAAAAUGUAAGAAUUGUCCUUAUUUCAAAAAAGAUAUCAAUAUUGAAUCUGAACCUUCGAAUGGAGGCUGUACUAUACCAGAUCCAGCCAAUUUAACCUUCCAGGUGGGGAAUCAAACGAUAACAAUAACCAUGAGAAAUGCAUGUAACAAUAUUGAUGAACAACAAAAACCAAACACACCUCUUACACCACAAAAAUUGAAAGAAGACUACGGUAACAGCGAAGGAAUAAAGAAAUGUUGUGCACAUACCGUUCACAAAGAGAACACUCAAGGCAAUUAUGCGAAAGAAAAGAAAUGUGACUGUCUACAAAAAUUGGAAAAGAGUAUGAAAAGGGAGCUUCAGAAUUGCAGGGUUCCCCAGUUGAAUCAUGAUGAUGGAUCAGUUAAUAAAAUAAGAGUAUGUAAAUGUCAACAAAACAAACCGAAAGCACAACAACAAGUUUAUGAAUCUGGUGAUAGAAACGGUAAGAGUUGUACAUGUAAAUUGAAAGCGAUGAAAAACGACAUUGAAUCAAAAAGAUCCGAAGACUCUGAAGAAAUUGAAGUAAUUGAGUUAUCCGGCAAAAAUUACCCUCGGUGCGUGAAAAUUUGUCUGGAACCCGGACCAGAAAAUGGCAAUGAAGUUCAAGAGGAGGAACCAAGACCAAGAAACGACGUCAAAUCGUGUGGGUGCAAAUUAUGUACAGCACGGAGAAACGCGGAGAUGCAGAGGGAGAUGGAAAACAAUACUCCUAAGAAAUCUCAUAAGUGCCAGUGUAAAGAUGCAAGCAUGAAUUUUAACAGACCAAAGGCCAACGACAAGAGUUGCGAUUGCUCCAGACCUCCGGAAAAAAAGAGCUGCAAUUGCCCGAAGUCGCAAAAGAAGCAACCAGAAAAAGUGAACAAAUGUUGUCAGUGCCAUCAGGACCAGGACAAAAACACUCAAGUCGAGAUGACCAAGGAUCAGUCUACAGAACCGAAAGAAAUAACCGAAGGUGUAUUAGCGAAGGAGGAAACAACUGAGUUGAAUGAGGAAAAUACCGAACCAAAAAGAAAGUCUGUCGAAGAAACAUACGCGGUUAGUACGGAAAUCUCAAGCAGAAGAUCUUCCAAAGCAUCAUCCGUCAAAGAAUCUGAUACUGAGAUGAAGGACAAGAGUUGCUCAUGCUGUAUUUGCGACAACGAAACAGACGAAGAUUCCGAUUCAGAAUGUGGUUGUGGAAGCAUACACGAAGACUAUGAAGAUGCAGAGGUAUUUCCCACCUGUGGCAAAAACUACAACGAACGAAGCGAACGAGAACAAUCUUGUAAGUGUGAAACAGGAUCAGAAAAGAUAAUUCAUAUAAAGCCAAUACUUAGAAACUGCAAAAAAGUAGAUAAACCGAGAUCAGAAAAACGUUCGUGUACAUAUGAAUCAUGCGACAAUGACGAUACUGAAUUAACACAGAAAACAUCGCCAAAUAGAAAUAAAGACAGGUGUUUAAAAAAAAAGUUUUCAUCCACGGAAGAUAUGAUCGAAUGCGAAUGUGAAGAAUUUGAACAGCUUAUCGAAGAACUGGAGGAAUACUGCCGGAUUAAAUGCGCUUCAAACAGUCCGACAACAUCAGCCGAGGAACCUGUUUUUAUGGUUCAAAGAGAUAGGUGCAAGAGCCCUACCUUCCACAUAGGUACUACUCUAUCAAAACGAACGAGGAAGAUGUUGGAAAGGAAAGGUCUUGUUUUUGCAACCCAGAACGUAGAAGUUAAUCCCAAGAUAUAUAACAACCCAGAAUCUAAAUCAGAUAUUCAAUACUGUUAUCCUAGGGUAACAUCCUGCAAACUAAGCGAUCAAAGAUUAAGAAGAAGAGAGAGAAUGAGAUCUCAAAGCAGAAAAUCUCGCAUCGAAGAGAUAAUAGGUUUUGUUCUACCGUAGUCUUAUUAAAAAGGAGUUUCACUGUGCUCAGUCGGAUUUGAACAUGUCGGUAAAGAAUCCCACGCCUGUACUUCUAAACGUCAGAAUAAAAUAACUCCUGAAUCGAGCAACGACUCGAUAGAAGAUGAGAAUGUUGUCUCCCACCCAAAUGACAAUCUGUUCGAUGUAAAAAGGAAUCCGAGGAAAAGUACCAGCAAGAACUUAGCCAUCGGUAAGGACCAUGUAAAUACGAAAAGAUGUUAACUAAUUGCUCUGAUUAUUAGAUGGAAUCCUAUCGACCCAAGGAGCACCAAAAUAUGGACGGAUAUGUGAGCCUUAUCUGAACAAAUACAAUGAAAACACGCAGAACCGAAUUAACCUGAAGAAAAGUGUUUUUCUCAUACCAGCCUUACUGGAGAAAAUUGAA